CUUCCUCUUCCUAUAAAAUCCGGCGAGCUUGUACGUGUGCGCCGCUUACAAACACGACAUCGCAGCGUUACUCAAUAACGGCCAACUAUUAUAUUUUAAUUUUAUACUUUCUGCUUAAAAUAUGCCCGGAUAUUCAGACAGAGACCGCGGUGGCCGCGACAGAGGAUACAACAGUGGUCCCCCGCGUUUUGGAGGUAGCAGAAAUGGACCCCCUCAAGGAAAGAAGUUUGGGAAUCCAGGUGACCGGCUGAGGAAGAAACACUGGAACCUGGAUGAGCUUCCCAAAUUUGAGAAGAACUUUUACCAAGAGCACCAUGAAGUUUCUCGGCGGACACCUCAAGAAGUUGACAAUUAUAGAAGAAGCAAAGAAAUUACAGUGAAGGGAAGAGAGGUCCCCAAACCCAUUAUGAAGUUCCAUGAAGCAAGUUUCCCAAACUACGUGAUGGAUGUGAUCCACAAACAGAACUGGACUGAACCAACCCCCAUCCAAGGUCAGGGAUGGCCAGUAGCACUAAGUGGUAAAGACAUGGUUGGCAUUGCACAGACUGGAUCUGGGAAAACCCUCUCGUACUUGCUCCCUGCUAUUGUGCACAUAAACCACCAACCAUUCCUGGAACACGGAGAUGGCCCGAUUUGUUUGGUGUUGGCUCCCACUCGUGAACUGGCACAGCAGGUCCAGCAGGUGGCGGCAGACUACGGCAAAGCUUCUCGGCUCAAAUCCACCUGCAUCUACGGAGGAGCUCCCAAGGGACCACAAAUCCGGGAUCUGGAGAGGGGUGUUGAAAUCUGCAUUGCCACUCCUGGUCGCCUCAUCGAUUUCCUGGAGGUUGGAAAGACAAAUCUGCGCAGAUGCACCUAUCUUGUUCUAGAUGAGGCUGACAGGAUGCUGGACAUGGGUUUUGAACCCCAGAUUCGAAAAAUUGUGGACCAAAUUAGACCAGACCGACAGACUCUGAUGUGGAGCGCCACAUGGCCAAAAGAGGUGCGGCAGCUGGCCGAAGACUUUCUUAAAGAGUAUGUGCAGAUCAACGUUGGUGCCCUGCAGCUCAGCGCCAAUCACAACAUCCUACAGAUUGUUGAUGUUUGCAACGAUGGCGAAAAAGAGGACAAGCUGCUGCGCCUUUUGGAGGAAAUCAUGAGUGAAAAGGAGAAUAAGACUAUAAUUUUUGUCGAGACCAAAAGAAGGUGUGAUGAUCUCACCAGGAGAAUGCGCAGGGAUGGGUGGCCUGCGAUGGGUAUCCAUGGAGACAAGAGCCAGCAGGAAAGGGACUGGGUUCUCAAUGAGUUUAAAUUCGGCAAAGCCCCCAUCCUCAUCGCCACAGACGUUGCCUCCAGAGGCCUAGAUGUUGAGGAUGUCAAAUUUGUCAUUAACUAUGACUACCCCAACAAUUCUGAGGACUACAUUCACCGCAUUGGCCGUACGGCUCGCAGCCAGAAAACUGGGACCGCCUACACAUUCUUUACACCAAACAACAUGAAACAGGCACAGGACCUCGUCUCUGUCCUCCGUGAGGCCAAUCAAGCCAUUAACCCCAAACUCAUCCAGAUGGCCGAAGACAGAGGAGGUCGUUCAAGGGGAGGUCGAGGUGGAGGGUUUAGAGAUGACCGUCGUGAUCGCCACACUGGCGGCAGACGGGAUUUCAACAGCUAUAGCCAAGACGGCCGCAACAAUGACUCUUAUGGACAGAAGAAAACGUUUAACAGUAAGCCUCAAAACGGGUCUAGCAGUUAUAACAGCGGUGGAAAUUUUAACGGGGGUUACGGCAGUAAUGGACAGUCAAACUUCGGUGGUGGCGGUCAGCCUGGCGGCUAUGGAAACCAAGGUUAUCAGAACCAGCAGUUUGGUGCCAACCAAGGGGGCGUUCAGAAUGGCAUGAGCCACCCCCCACAGUUCCCCCCCUUUAACCCCCAACAGAUGCCACAGUCUAUGCCCUUUCCCAUGCCCCCUCCUGCAUUCCCACAGUAAACGCAGUUACAUUUCUCUUAAUCUUUAAUCGUUAUGUUUAUCACUUGUGUAACUUUAUUUUUACCAAGCAGGGUUCAAAAUGUACACGCACCACAAUAGAGUCCCAGAGUCUGCUGUGCAGGAUUUUUUCAUUUUCCCCUUUAGUUGUGUUUUUUCAGUAACUUAAUUAUUUUGUACUAUGUGGAGUUAACCACGAAGGAUCCAUACCUGUAAAAUGUCAAGGGCCGUUUAAGGCUAUUGCAUGGUCCUCAAAUAAAAUUAUUAAAAACAA